AUGACACGCGUACAUAUCGAUGGCCGUGAUCAAACUUCAAAGAUAUUCCACAAGGCGCGCCUGCUAUGAAAUGGACCUCAAGCUUCUCGCCCAAAUCAUUCAUUCCAUUGACAAUCCAAUCCACAGAGGAGAGCUGAAGCUUACUGAUUUUCUGCAAUGGCAAAUCCUAAGGUCUUCUUCGACAUGACGAUAGGAGGCGCUCCGGCGGGUCGGAUCGUGAUGGAGCUAUUCGCGGAUACAACGCCACGAACGGCUGAGAAUUUCAGGGCUCUUUGCACGGGAGAGAAAGGGAUUGGUCGCAGCCGCAAGCCUUUGCACUACAAAGGAUCGAGUUUCCACCGAGUGAUCCCUGGAUUCAUGUGCCAGGGAGGCGAUUUCACAGCUGGGAACGGAACUGGAGGGGAAUCCAUCUACGGAGCUAAGUUCGCCGAUGAGAAUUUCAUUAAGAAGCACACAGGGCCAGGGAUCUUGUCGAUGGCUAAUGCAGGGCCUGGAACGAAUGGUUCGCAGUUUUUCAUAUGUACGGCGAAGACGGAGUGGCUGGAUGGGAAGCAUGUGGUGUUUGGUAGAGUUGUGGAGGGGAUGGAUGUGGUGAAGACCAUUGAGAAGGUUGGAUCUUCCUCUGGAAGGACCUCCAAGCCCGUUGUGAUUGCUGAUUGUGGCCAGCUUGCUUGAAUCAACCUCUCUCGUCUUCUAUUGGGCUCUGCUUUUAGCCUUGCACUUCUCCUUUUCUUCUUUGUUUUCAGUAUCUCUGGCACUUCUGCUUUUCUUCUUUGUUUUCAGUAUCUAUGGCUUCUGUACUGUUGUUUACUUCAACAUCCAAAUAUCCAUACAUGCCAGAAAAUAAUAAAUAAACAAAUAAAUAAAUACUGUAAUCGUUAUAUGUA